AGGGACGCGGUCUCUCCUAGUUGCUCUCUAGAGCCUAAAUAAACUACAAGUCCCAGGUCUCCCUUGGUGAGGGAGCGAUCUAAUUUGCUCGAAAGCAUUAUAGGCGCUGGGAUAAUCACGAGUGUAGUGUCACGGUCUAGGAAGUUUUCCUGUUUAUCCUGUAGCUCUGUCAUACUUGUAUGCCAAUACUUGCCUAGAUGCUGAGAGUUGUGGAUCAGUAAUGGUGAGCCAAUGUUUCAGCAACAGCUAUGGAUUGUAACUGCUGACAAUCUAAUGCUCUGAACUCUGUUGCACUUUGAGCUCUAUAUAACAAAGGGAUUGGCUUCUGUUAAAUUAGUGAUCAGGCAGUCAAGUUUCUUACUUUGAAGGCCUGGGCAAAUGUUGGAGCUCUGCAUUGGGAAGAAGACACACACACAUUCGCUGUUCUCCUAGGAAACACAUUUUUUAUGCAAGGAUACACUGAAAGAACUUGUCCUAGCCAUGGAAGUCUGGUACAUCAUCUUACUGGGAUACAUUCUUACAAAAGCGAGAGCUGAUUCUCCAAACAUUAUAUUGAUCCUUGCAGAUGAUUUAGGUUAUGGUGACUUAGGGUGCUAUGGACAUCCUUCAUCUCUUACCCCUAACCUAGACCAAAUGGCAACUCGAGGGCUGAGAUUCAGAGACUUCUACUCUACAGGAACUGUGUGCUCCCCAUCCAGAGCCAGCCUUUUGACGGGCCGCUAUCAAUCCCGGAAUGGGGUUUACCCGGGUGUUUUUUAUCCUGGCUCCAGAGGUGGCCUCCCAUUAAGUGAGGUUACAAUUGCUGAGAUGUUGCAGUCUCAUGGAUACAAGACUGCCAUGGUUGGCAAAUGGCACCUAGGCUUUGGGCUGAAUGGAACGUAUUUGCCAACGCAACAGGGAUUUCAGCACUUCCUGGGAGUACCCUUUUCACAUGAUCAGGGUCCUUGCCAAAAUCUUACUUGUUUUCCUCCAAAUAUAAGUUGCUAUGGGACAUGUGACUUAGGAGAAGCUCUACUUCCUUUGUUCCUUGGUGAAAAAAUCAUUCAGCAACCAGUGGAUUUCACAAAACUUGUACCUAAAUAUCAGAAAUUCAGCAAGUCCUUCAUCCGUGCAGCUGUGAAAGAGAACAAGCCAUUCUUCCUCUACUAUGCCUCCCAUCAUACUCAUUACCCACAGUUUGCAAGUGUUCAAUACACAGGCCAGUCUAUAAGAGGAAGGUUUGGAGAUGCACUUCUUGAACUUGAUGGAUCGGUAUAUGAGCUGUUAAGCACUGUUUGGGAAAAUGGGAUUCAAAAUAAUACGCUUGUCAUCUUUACCUCUGAUAAUGGGCCCGAGACAAUGCGUAUGGAGAGAGGGGGCUGCUCUGGUCUUCUGAAGUGUGGCAAAAGUACAACCUAUGAAGGUGGAGUAAGAGAGCCAGCAAUAAUGUACUGGGAGGGAAAGAUAAAACCAGGUGUUACUUCAGAGUUGGCCAGCACUCUGGACAUUUUGCCCACAAUAGCAAGUCUUACAGGAGCCUCACUGCCCAAUAUUGCGCUUGACGGAUAUGACUUAAGCAAACUUCUUUUCAAUGGACAUCCAAGUCCACGGAAUACAUUUCAUUACUACCCCUCCUCCAUUGACCGCAACAAAGGCAUCUUUGCUGUGAGAUUAGGGAAAUACAAGGCCCACUUCUAUACACAAGGUGCAUUGCACAGUGAGACUACUCCAGAUCCAGAUUGCCAUGUGACUGCACUUCUGAAAUCUCAUGAUCCACCUCUUCUGUUUGAUUUGAGUACUGAUCCAGCAGAGAACUACAACUUACUAAAGGAUGGCAUCCCUGUGGAUCUUGUGCCUGUACUGAAUGAAAUUUCGGCUGAACGUGAAAGAUUUGAGAAAACUGUAAAAUAUGCAGAUAGCGAGAUUAAUAAAGGAACGGAUCCUUCACUGAGACCCUGCUGUAACCCAGAAUGCAGCCCAAAACCUGACUGCUGUCACUGUGAGAAGAAGAGAUCUUUCCACUAAGACCAUAUUGUACGUUUAUUUAUACUAUGUCCUGGUCAAACACUCAUAAGUCUGCUGCCAUUAAUAAGAGCAGAAUAUAGAUACCUCUAACAUGCCAUCAUUCGGUGUCCCUGUAACUGUCAUUAUGUUACUGUAACUGUCAUGCGUAAGCAUCAGUUUGCUAUAAAAAGUGUGAACAACAGAAAUCAUUGUUGCUUGUGCUUUGUGAUUAGCCUGGUAUGUAUUGUUAUAUGGGGAGAUUAGUCGCUCGGACGACUUAAUCUCCCUGAAUCUUCUCGUCUGUCUCUACCCUGAGAUAAACUGAGCAGCCUGAGAACACUCCAGAAUCCUUUAUACUGCCUUAUCUCUGAGUUAUUCUUUGCCUCUCUGAGUUCUUCUUCUUUUAAAUCUUAUAUUUUCUUCAGUGGUAUUGCUCUUGUUAUGUUAUGUGUAAAAUGAACCAGAAUUGCACUAAUUUACAAAACUUUGAGUGAAUAAAGAACUGUUUCUUUAAA